UUCGUUUGUCUUUCAGCCUCGAUUUCAGUUCUUGGUAUGCAAAUAUAGGUUAAUAUGGACCAUCGGCCACCCCUACGUGAUGUCACCAAUCAACUCGGCGGACAUAGCGGACAAGGCUUGAAAAGAUCAAGAGCGCAGACGGACGCAGCACUGCCUGACGAUCAUAGUCAUGUUCUUACUGUGUUGGAAACGAAACGUCAAAAGGCCAAAGAUAGGUAUGCAAAGUUAACUGUUGAGCAGAAAGCACAAAGGAACGCAAAGAGAAGGGAGGCCUACGCAAUGAAAAAAAAUGCGAGCCGUUCGACUGAGAUGCAUACCCUCGUAGCUAAUUCUGGCGACACGUUUGCUACACCGGUUUUGGCCAUGCUGCCGUCCAACAACACAACAUCAGAUAAUGGUGGCGAUUUUUACGAGAAGACACCAGAAAAACUGAAAAGGGAGAGGGAUAGGAAGAGUUAUGCUAACAUGUCUGAAGAUGCAAAGAAGGAGAAAAUCUCUAAAAAAAAUUUGGCCCGUAAUCUUAAUAAUAAUAUGCCAUCUAGAAACUUGAAUUAUGAAGGUAAUUAUGUAGUAUUUUUAGUUUUACUUCUGGGCUGUUAAAUAUUUUAAUUAAUCCACAAUGGAUUAUAGAUUCGUUCUCAACUUCAAAACUUCUUGGAUCUGCUCAAUCUGUAUUGACCAAUCUUCCCGUCACCCGA